UAAAUAGGAGGAAUCGAUCGGACUUUUUACAUUUGUACAGGAUAUUUUAAGUGAUAAUUAGAAAAGUGAAAAAUAACAAAACAUUGUGAUAGACAUUUACAUUUGCACAAAAUGUCUCACGGAAAGGUUGUACUAAUGGCCUGUGGCAGUUUUAGCCCGCCAACUUAUAUGCAUUUGCGUAUGUUUGAAAUAGCUAGAGACUACAUGCACAAUUUAGGUCUAGGCACAAUAGUGGGGGGGAUAAUGUCGCCUGUUCAUGAUGCAUACGGCAAGAAAGACCUUGUAGCUGCACAACAUAGGAUAUCCAUGCUGCAGCUUGCAUUACGUACGUCCGGCUGGAUCAAAGUGUCAGAGUGGGAGACGCAGCAGUCCGGCUGGACCAGGACCAAGCUCUCUCUGCAAUACCAUCAGGAUGCCCUCAACAGUCAUCUAAUGGGUCAGGAAGUGUCGGAUCCACCUCCAUGGCUCCCCGAUGAUAUCUUGAAUGUCAACAGUAUAGAUGAGCCAGAUAAUUUAAUGGAAAAAUUGAAUGGCAACUCCGAUGGCAGGAUCACUAUUAAAUUGUUAUGUGGCGCUGAUUUAUUAGAGUCAUUUGCUACACCAGGAUUAUGGUCCGAUGAGGAUCUGGAAACUAUAGUAGGUAAACAUGGUCUGGUAGUUGUGACCCGAGCUGGAAGUGAUCCCGGACGUUUUAUAUAUGAAUCUGAUAUGCUUUAUAAACAUCGGAAGAACGUUAUCUUAGUAACAAAUUACAUAGCUAAUGAGGUGAGUUCGACCGUCAUCAGACGUCUGGUACGACGCGGAGAGAGCGCUAAGUACCUCACUGAUGAUGCUGUACUUGCUUACAUACGACAGAACAGACUGUACGGCGCUUCGCCUUACAUCACUGAGUAUAAUUUACUUAACGAUUUAAUCGCGACAUACGACAAAAAAUCACCGCAAGACGUCGUUAUGACGUCACCAGAAGAAACAAGCUUCAAGAACAUUCUAAUUUCGAUACGCGACAAACCUUCCAUCAUUGACGAAACAAUUACAGUAAAAAGACCAAGGAAAAACUUCCUAGCACCGAAUCAAACUGAUUCUAUUAGUCCAAUAGACUCAAUAAAACCUAAAAUGGCGUACAUAGACAAAGUUCCAGCGAACUAUGUCCCUGGGAAAGCUAUCAAAAUUGUCAGUGACGAAAAAGAACAUUCAAUUGAAAGCGAAAAGGUAAGUUUCUCUGAAUCUACAUAUUCCUCACUAGAUAGUUACCUAUCUAAAGAUGAUUUUGAUGUUUAUAAACGUAGAGUGAGUGAGGGUAACUUACAAAAUGCAAAUAUCAAGAAGCGUUGUUCCACAUCAACUAUACGUAAAUUAAAAUCCGAUGAGAUGCGUAAAAGUAAAUCCGAAGUAAGUAAGUUGUGUGAAAAAGUUAAAAGUAUUAAAUUGAAAGAUGAAAAGAAUUAUAAAACGAGAAGUUGUAACGAUAUUGUCAGAUUGAUAUUAACUAAACACGGUAUUCAUGUCAUAAGUGACACAGAAGCUAUCGUUUGAAUCAUUCAUUCUGAGUGAAUGACUAUCGGAACCAUUUAAUUCUUUCAUUAACAAAGAAUCAAACUAUAUUUUAUGAAGAUUAAAAAUACUUCCUUUUUUAAUUAAUUCAUACAUUCGAAUCAUUCAUUCAAUGUGAGUGAAAAGAUUGAAAUUUCUAUAUUGUGCCAAAAUAACAUAACCUCCAUAAUUUCUAUUCAUUGAUAUUAAAUCGUAUAAAAAUCCAUAUAUAUAAAAGAAAGUCGUGUUAGUUACAGUAU